AUGACGCCCUUCCAGGUCCGCGACGGCGGGUCUCCGCUCUGGCCGUCCAAAGAGGUGUGCUCGCUCAUCGCGGACGCGCUGUCGCUGCCGCCCACCGCGGAGAUCCGCCUGCACCCCGUCGCCGCUGACGUCCCGGAGGACGACGCGCAGGACGUGGACGCCGAGGACGACGGCGUGCUGCUGCGCUGCGCGUCCUGCGGCACGGCCUUCGAGUGCGGCCUGCGCACCUGCGGCUGCAACGGCGCUACCAGCAGAACGAUCGUCAGCAAAGUACGGCCGCCGAACAGUCAUUGUGUGAAUGAGCGAGCAAGAAAGUGGAUGACCGAGGCGGGUACUCGAACGCAGGGCAGUUCGACGUCGGGGACCCUCCUGCAGAAGCUGCGCACCGCCGCGUCCAGGCAGAGCCGCGGGAAGGGCGGUCGGGGCUCUGUGCAGGUCAUCUGGGAGAAGCAGCAGUCGGCCUGCGACUCGCCGGGCUCCACCGGCUCCGACGUGGACCUGGCCGGCCCCCUGCCUGAGCCCCCGCAGCCCCAGCUCGCGGUGCAGGCCAUGCUGCCCGAGCCGCCAAGGAAGCGACGGCUUGCUGAGCCCACGCUGCCGACACGCAAGCGGGCACGCCCGGACGUCGCGCAACCUUCAAUUUCCACCGGCGUCGAGUCUUUCCAGAAAGCGCCGCAUGGCAACCAGGACAGCAACCUGUGA